AUGGGCGACAACCGAAUUCGUAUCAAUCUCAAUGGACACUUGUCGUCCGAAGUGGCGAAACUGAGAGGUUUGAAGCAGGGUGAUCCACUGUCUCCAAUCCUAUACAACCUAGCUUUUGAACCCUUCUUGCUGGCCAUUAUUAACGAUCGUCAAUUCCAAGGGUACCUUAUGGGAACUGAACGAACCAAGCUUCUUUGUUAUGCUGAUGAUGCUUUGGUAUUUGUCCAUGAUUCUGCUGAUCUCGCUCGGUUGCAAAUACAUAUGUCCAGGUAUUGCGGCGCUUCCAAUGCCAAAUUCAACUACGAUAAGGUGGAGGCUUUUUCGGUAUCUGGUAGAGAUACAUGGGAUAUUUGGGAGACCUCGUUGGCUCAAAUCCACAUCAAUCAUCUACAUUCCGUCGAAGAUGAUGUACCUUUAAUCUAUUUGGGGUUUCCUUUGGUUCAAAGUCGUCUCCAACGUGUCAACUUCAUGGGCUCGCUGGUAACAAAGAUCAAAAUUGCCACUCAAAUACAUUCUACUCGGUCACUGUCGGUUGUCGGUCGAGCUACUGUCUUGAACUCUCUUUUGCUCUCCAAACUUUGGUACAUCCUACGGGUUACUCCGUUGACUCUGGCAGACUUCAAACAGCUGAGAUCUCUUGCCAUACAAUUUUUGAGAAAGAACAUAUUCCCCGUCAUCCCAUGGUCUGUCUGGACUCUCCCAAAGGAACAAGGUAGUCUCGGGGUGAUCGACAUCCAGCUACAAGCUUCGGCGUUGUACUUUCGAUGGUUGCAACCUUUGUUGGUGUAUGAUCAAUCCACCAUUGAUGCCCAUCCUGUGUCAUCUCUUCUCAGCCAUCACACUCGAAAUGUUAACAACUGCCAAUUUCACCAAAUCCCUUUGCUUUUUCCCUCGUCUCGUUCUCAAGGGUUACUGAAACAACGAACUGGCACUGUGGAUAUGAUAUAUCGUGCUGUUGAUUAUCUCCCUCGUUCUUUUGGCUCUGCCCGCAUUAAUACAGCUAUUGCUAUGGCGUUGCCACUGCAGGCUGUAGUGUUUGUCCCCUCCCUCCUCCAGCUUCGUGCUUCCUCUUCGUGUCAAAGAAAUGAUGGUGGCCGACGUUUUUCAGUACGAUUCCCGGCUCAAUUUCGUCCAUUGGAAGGAUACUCGCGACCCCUCUCUGCUCACCUGGAAAAGAACUCCCUCCACAGUGUUCAAAGGCCUAGCGACAGGGAAAUUACAGUUUCAACCUUACUUCGAGCCAGUCUGUAG